AUGAUCACAACAAAAUUAUCGUCUUCAACAAGAGCAAUCACCUCGGCAAAAACUCCACCUUCAACCACAACUCCACCCCCAUCUUUAGCGGAUCUCAUCGUAGGAAAAUGCGAAUCUUCAUUCCCACCAGAUAAGGGACUUUUUGAAAUCAAUGGACGAUUGAAAGAUCCGGACAAGUUUGGUUUUUGGGUCACCUCUUGCAACCAACUUUUUGUGUUCGGCAAAUCUUUGGUGACGUGGAGGGAAAACACCAUCAAAUGCGCUUCAAUUGGAAUGCAGCCGAUUGAAAUAGGAAACGACGCCAAAUAUCAGUGCUUCAAAAAAUUGGCAAUAAAUUGGAAGUACGGGUCAAACUACUGGACCUCUGGCCUAAGGACACAAGGCAAAAACUUUUCGUGGUGCCACAACAAUAAUGGUUCUGUGCGUUUUUGGGCGCCUGGCCAGCCCGAUAAUUUAAACGGAUCAGAAAACUGUGUUCAUAUGAACAUAAAAACAGAAAACACUACUGUCUAUUUGACCGACAAAAAAUGCACCAACAUCAAUGUUUUCUCCUGCCAAGGUCCAACUACGCCUCCACCACCAUGCACGUCACCAGUUUGUCCCAAUAUCACGUGCAAAAGAAAUAUGUCUCUUUAUACAAAUUCGACCAAAGAGGGCAAGACUUCCUUCUAUUUAGCAUAUCCAGAUAUGUUUGGUUCCUGGUACAAGAAAAACAACCGUUUUUACUUUUAUAGCUACCCGAACAAGACGCAAACAUUCCUAGGGGCGAUGAAAGCGUGCUGCGAUUUAGGAAUGAAUCUACUCAGCCUCCAGUUUGAUUACAAAUUUGACGCAGUUUUGGCUGGAGUGAAAGAAAAAUAUACAAAUCCGGGCCACUUUUGGACUUCAGGCACUGACAGCGGCUGCGAGUCAACUUUCGGCUUCUGCGCUGUGAAUCGUUUGGUUCGAAAAGAUACCAACAAUUGGCAGCGGGGACAGCCGAACAACGCAGGCGGAGCGGAGAAUCACUUGGCUGUGUACAUCAAUGGGUCAAGUGCAUUGAUGGCUGAUUUUAACGGCGAUUCAAAGCUGCGGUACAUCUGCGAGGCCCGGGACACGACCAAAUCCGCCUCAGGAGGCAAAGCUGUGAGAGACGAGUGUGCUGCUAUUUACAAUGUCAGCAUGAGCGAAAUUGAUAAUAUGCUGAACAACACAAACUAUGAUUUGAGGAUGAAAUGCUUCAUCAAGUGCAUUGGCGAAAAUAGUGAUUUGAUGAUCGACGGAAAGUUUGUUGAAAGUGAAUUUCUGGCAAUAUUGGAAAAGUUGGCAGCUGGUAAUUUGGAGGAAUUCAAGAAAAACAUGAUGAUAGAAGAUGAGUGCGUUAACUCCACUGGUGGAAUGGAUGAGUGCGACAAGGCGGCGCAAUUGAUUAAGUGUGCGAAUGAAAAGGCGCCUGACGUGCUCAUGAGCGUAGUUGAUGAAAUGGAGAGGUCCAUUUCUCAGUCGGAGUCAGCACAAGAAAUUGCUCUGCUGCGCCCGCAGCCUGCUUUUUGUGUCCAAGAUUUUCCUUGCUUUAUAGACGUGGGAUCUUUUAAGGAUGUGAAAUAUGGAAGCAAUUAAUAAUUUAUCUAUUAUUGCAGACGUCUUUAAGAGCGACGUUCGACGAAACGACAACAAGUCAGUGGUUUGAUAUCACAGUAUCGUCCUCGACAAACUUCACUAUUGAUUACGUUUGCGGCAAAAAGUACCUGAUAUUCUCGAUUUACAUUGUAAAUAUAUAAUCAAUGUAUGUAUCGCGCACUUGCCAAAAUAACGGGUGGCUAAUUUUUUAGUUCUCCUAUACCAAUGGAAACAGUAUGUGCUGCAAGUUUGGCCUCCGAUCGGCCACUCUGGACACACUGCAGAAGAUGGAGUGCAUUUUUAACAGCUCAGUAUAUGCAUCGUCGUACAAGAACUGGAACUUCUGGAUUCCCGUUGCUUGGCGGGACGGACAGCCGCGGUGGUGUUUCUCGAAUUCUUCAUUGAGUGACCUCGCUUUCAACACUUCUACCCUAGAUCCCGCAAUUCCUGCUUUUAUUAUGAAUUACCAAUCUAAGAAAAUAUCAUCGUUUGGUUUAAACUCUAGCUUUAAUGCACAUGUUAUUUGCGAAGAUUAUUAAAUUUCAAUAUUAUUCUGGCUUUAAACCAAGGAUGAGGUUUUUGUGAGGAUAAACUGUAAAAUAUUAACGCUGUGUGUGUGCUAAAGGUUUUUAA